CUGCAGAACUACAAUUUUUAACUGACAACAUGAACAUCACAUUCUAGCACAAUUAGAGAUGAUUGGGAGAAUCACAGUCCAGGAUAUGUGUCGACUUCGCCACCUUGGAUUGUUUCAGCAUAUUCUUAACUGUCUUCUUUUGUUGCUGAUCCAGGAGGAAAUACGUUGUUGUCCGUCUGUUUGCCUGCAUUGUACAGGCAGACAAGCUGACUGCCGAAAUUCAGGUCUUUCAUCUAUUCAGAAGGAUUUUCCCCAAAGUACUAUAUUCAUAUACCUAAGCGGAAAUAAUAUAUCUUGCAUAAAUACUAAUGAAUUGGUAGGGCUUCCGCAUCUUGCUGUUCUACACUUGGAUAAUUCUGGAAUUUUAAAUGUUUACCCAAAAGCAUUUUCUGAAUUAAAGAAACUGUGGUACCUACAUCUGAAUAAUAAUCAAAUUAAGCGUUUGGAUCCUGGAACAUUUGAAGGACUCUCAAAUCUCCGUUCUUUAUAUCUGCAAAAUAAUGAAAUUGCUUUUGUUCCUAGAGGAUUGUUUAAUGAUCUCACUUCAGUACAAUACCUAAUGCUUCAAAGCAAUCGCCUCAGCAUUCUUGGUAGUGGCACUUUCUUUGGAAUGAUUAGCCUUCGGAUUCUUAACCUAGCCAACAAUAAAAUUUCACAGAUAUCAAAUGCAGCAUUUCAUCACCUUGACAACCUUACGUGUUUGUACCUUGAAGGUAACAAUUUAACGCGCGUGCCAUCAAAUGCUUUUGUCACACUGAGUAGUCUUGAAAAACUUUCAUUGUCACAUAACCCUAUUGGAUCAAUUCCUCCCUUUACAUUUAGGGGACUUGACAAUCUCAAAUACCUCUCUUUAAAAAGAGCCAGCAUAAACAUUGUUGACGUGAAUGGAUUUGGGGGGUUAAAUCAUCUUAAAAGGUUAGUUUUGAGCAAUAAUAAUUUACAAAAUGUCAGUUCCGAUACCUUUGCAUUGUUGAAUAAUUUGAUGUUUUUGCAUCUUGACAGAAACAAAAUAAUCAAUAUUGCAGAUAAUGCAUUUGCAAAAAUGGGGCCAUCUUUGAAGAUGCUGAAUCUGGCAUUUAAUAAUCUUACAGAUAUGCAACCUGGCAUGCUCAGGCCUUUGGUUUCAUUAACUCACUUACAAGCAGAGUACAAUCAUUGGAAUUGUAGUUGCAGAUUACUUGGGCUAAUUACUUGGCUAGCAUCAUCUUCAGUCUCUGUAAAUAUUCAUUGCCAAUACCCUUCAAGGUUGCGUGGAAUACAUUUGAAUUAUGCUAAAUGGGAUUGGUUUCCAAACUGUUUCAACAGUUCCACAUCAUCUGAAACAAUCAAGAAUAUCAAGCCAGCAGGUAUCCAUCACAGUACCACUACUUUAUUGAUGAUAUGGGAUAAAAACUCCUCAAGCAAUUCAGUUUACAAACAUUUAAGGAACUCAGUCACAGAUACAGUGACUUUAUGGACGGAAAUACCUACCACAUCUGCUAGUCAACAUCUUCAUGAAGAGCAUUCGGUUGGGAAGCUCAGACCAGCAACUACAGUGUUUUCAUUGUUAACUGUGGAGAUGCCAGCACAGAUUAUACCUGAAGCCGCUUCUGUAUCAUUUAAAACCUCUCUAAUCUGUACACAGCAGGUAGAGAAACUAACUCGGGCUUUUGACAUUUUGUUAACCUUUUUUAUUUUAGCUUGUGCUGUUAUCUUCUUUCUGAUCUGCAAAAUGAUUCAGUUUAGACAGAAACUCAAAAUGCAAAAGAGCUCUGACAAUGGCAUAGAAUACUAUGGUUUUUAUCAGGCUGGUAGAUACCGUGUAACUGCUCCACUUCAGUCUGUGCCACAAAAUCCACUGGGAAGUUCAGAACUGGACAACAUUCAGCUCCCUAAAACAUCUGUACUGGAAAGUCAAGCGCAGGUCAUCUUAUUUGAACACUCGGCUUUAUAG